GGAGGGAAUUCAGUCUAGGAUCCUCACACCAGCUACUUGCAAGGGAGAAGGAAAAGGCCAGUGAGGCCUGGGCCAGGAGAGUCCCGACAGGAGUGUCAGGUUUCAAUCUCAGCACCAGCCACUCAGAGCAGGGCGUGAUGUUGGGGGCCCGCCUCAGGCUCUGGGUCUGUGCCUUGUGCAGCGUCUGCAGCAUGAGCGUCAUCAGAGCCUAUCCCAAUGCCUCCCCACUGCUCGGCUCCAGCUGGGGUGGCCUGAUCCACCUGUACACAGCCACAGCCAGGAACAGCUACCACCUGCAGAUCCACAAGAAUGGCCACGUGGAUGGCGCACCCCAUCAGACCAUCUACAGUGCCCUGAUGAUCAGAUCAGAGGAUGCUGGCUUUGUGGUGAUUACAGGUGUGAUGAGCAGAAGAUACCUCUGCAUGGAUUUCAGAGGCAACAUUUUUGGAUCCCACUAUUUCAACCCGGAGAACUGCAGGUUCCGACACUGGACGCUGGAGAACGGCUACGACGUCUACCACUCUCCCCAGCAUCACUUUCUGGUCAGUCUGGGCCGGGCGAAGAGGGCCUUCCUGCCAGGCAUGAACCCACCCCCCUACUCCCAGUUCCUGUCCCGGAGGAACGAGAUCCCCCUCAUCCACUUCAACACCCCCAGACCACGGCGGCACACCCGGAGCGCCGAGGACGACUCGGAGCGGGACCCCCUGAACGUGCUGAAGCCCCGGGCCCGGAUGACCCCGGCCCCGGCCUCCUGCUCACAAGAGCUCCCGAGUGCCGAGGACAACAGCCCGGUGGCCAGCGACCCGUUAGGGGUGGUCAGGGGCGGUCGGGUGAACACGCACGCUGGGGGAACGGGCCCGGAAGGCUGCCGCCCCUUCCCCAAGUUCAUCUAGGGUGGCUGGAAGGGCACCCUCUUUAACCCAUCCCUCAGCAUAGCAGCUCUUCCCAAGGACCAGCUCCCUUGACGUUCCGAGGAUGGGAAAGGUGACAGGGGCAAUGGAUGGAAUUUGCUGCUUCUCUGGGGUCCCUUCCACAGGAGGUCCUGUGAGAAUCAACCUUUGAGGCCCAAGUCAUGGGGUUUCACCCCCUUCCUCACUCCACAUAGAACACCUUUCCGAAUAGGAAACCCCAACAGGUAAACUAGAAAUUUCCCCUUCAUGAAGGGAGAGAGAAGGGGUCUCUCCCAACAUAUUUCUCUUCCCUGUGCCUCUCUUCUUUAUCACCUUUAAGCAAAAAAAAAAAAAAAAAAAAAAAAA